AUGGUUGCUCCUGCUUACGCGGAACCCACUUACGUUGAUCAUGAAUUAUCUGCCAAUUUAGACUCGACUUUUGCAUUCGAAGGUCCAGAAAAGUUGUUGGAGAUUUGGUUUUUCCAGUCUGAAAAUGACAUUCCCAGUCAUUGCGAUAGUGAAGGCUUGCGGGCCAUUCCUCUAAAGAAAUGGCAGGAAAUUUUGGACUUGGUUAGCUGCAAAAUCUUGUCUAUGAAGUCGUCUGAUUAUAUGGAUGCCUACCUUUUGUCUGAAUCGUCUCUCUUUGUCUUUCCCCACAAGAUGAUCUUGAAGACUUGUGGCACUACAACCACACUUGCCUGUCUUGAUACUUUGUUUGCUACGGUUGAAAAGUAUGUUACAAAAAACGGAUCAUUUGCGUCGAAGAAUGUGGAGAAGAUAUUCUACUCUCGUCGGAGUUUCAUGUUUCCUGAAAAGCAGAAACAUGUUCACCGAGACUGGAAAUCUGAGGUGAGUCUCUUGAACAAACACUUUGACCAUGGAAAAAGCUAUGUGGUUGGAGACUUUACCAGCGACGACCACUGGUACUUGUACCUGGGAGGAACUAAUUGCGAGUCCGAUGAAGCCAGUGCUUCCAAGGAUAUCACUUUUGAAGUUCUUAUGACCAAAUUGGACCCAUUGAAGGCCAACGAGUUUGUUACUUCGAGAAAACCAGGAUCGGAAUCUUUGGUUGAAGAAAGCGACGAGUACCAUGAUUUGGGCCAUGAUUUUGGCAUGGAAACCAUGAGAGAUACAGAACUUGAUUCUAUUUUCGAAUCGAGACGGAGAUUGUUAUCGGAGUCCCAUCUUCCUUCUCCUUCGUUAUCGGAUAGCAUGGAGUUGGAGAGUGUCGACGACAGUCCAUUUGAGGAAGUUGAAAAGGAUUCGUUUAAUCGACUCGAAUUUGUCCAUGAUGCGUUUUCAUUUAGUCCUUGUGGAUUUUCUUCGAACUCGAUCUCGUCUCAAUUGGGAGGUUACUACUACACGCUUCACAUCACACCGGAAAGUGGAUGGUCGUAUGCGUCGUUUGAAACAAAUUAUCCAUUCAAUGAUGCUACUGCAAAUACCACUGUGGUUGAAGUUUUGAUUAAAGUUCUUUCUGUUUUCCUGCCUGGACGUUUCUCAGCAACUUUGAUUGCUGAUCAGACUAGUGAGGCUAGUAAGCCAUUUGAGUCGUUGUCGUCGUGUUGUGCUGAACUAAUGAAGUUUGGUUACAAGAAACAGGACAAGAUUUUUUAUGACAUGAGAGGUGGUUAUAAGCUUCUCUACUUGAACUACCAGAAAUGUUAG